GGGAUUUGGGGACGAGGUCUUUGCCAAAGCGCCUCCUUCCGAAGCGCCUUCCUGCCAGCCUCUCCCUCCCCAGGGCGGCCUUGACUCGCCUUUGCAGCUGCGUCGAGGCGCCUCCUGCCAUCCGUUGAAAUAGCAACAGAGAGAUCGUUCCAUCUUAAAUAAAUAGAGUCAUUUGUGUCCUUUGAGGACGUAGCUGUGCAUUUCGCAGAAGGGGAAUUGGUUCUGCUGGAUCCUGACCAGAGAUCUCUGAAUCGGGGAGUCAUGGAAGAGAUCUAUGGGACUGCGGCCUUUCAGGGCUUUUAUCAGUUUCUCUCUUCAUUGCAGAAGGUGAUCUAUCUGAAACCGAGAAUAACGGAGAACAACAUGCGACAGAGACAGAGGGAAAAGGCAGCUGUUCUGGAGAGAAACCAUAUCGAUACAUGGAAUGUGAGAAGAACUUUGGAGAAAACUCCACCCUCUCUUCUCAUCAGGAAAUUCACCCGGAGGAGGAACCAUACCGGUCUUUUGAAUGUGGAAGGGACUUUGGAGAUGAUAGCCUUUCUCCUACGCCUCCGAUAAUUCCCACGAAGGAAAAACCUUACAACUGCAAGGAAUGUGGAAAGAGCUUCUCUCGGAAGUUACGUCUAACUAAUCAUCAGAGAAUUCAUACAGGGGAGAAGCCGUUUCAAUGCCUGGAGUGCGGCAAGUGUUUCAUUCACAACUGCAGCCUGUCGUACCACAAGAGGAUCCACACCGGCGAGAAACCCUACAAAUGCUUGGAGUGUGAGAAAAGCUUCACUCGGAAGAUCAUUCUCACCAAUCAUCAGAGAGUUCACACCGGCGAGAAGCCGUACAAAUGUUUCGAGUGCGGGAAGAGUUUCACCCGGAAGGUGAUCCUGGCAAACCACCAAACGAUUCACUCCGGGGAGAAACCGUACAAGUGCUUGGAAUGCGGGAAGAGCUUCACUCUGAAGGUACACCUUACCGCACAUGAAAGAAUCCACACAGGGGAGAAACCGUAUAAAUGCCUGGAGUGCGGAAAGAGCUUCAGUCGGAACUCCAACCUCGCUUACCACCGGAGAGUCCACACGGGGGAGAAACCCUAUAAAUGCCUGGAGUGCGGAAAGGGCUUCAGAAACAGCACGAACCUGACUUACCACCAGGAAAUCCACACCGGCGAUAAGCCGUAUAAGUGUCUGGAGUGCGGGAAGUGUGUCAGACGGGCGGCGGAUCUCGUCAACCAUAAGAAAAUCCACACCCAGGAGAAACCCCAUAUGUGCUUGCACUGCGGGAAGUGCUUCACUCUGAAGAAUUACCUCAGACGUCAUCAGAGAAUCCACACGGGAGAGAAACGGUACAAAUGCUUUGAGUGCGGGAAAUGCUUCACGGAGAAGACCACGCUCACGAAACACCACCGAACUCACACAGGGGAGAAACCGUACGAAUGCAUGGAGUGUGGGAAAACCUUCACGCAGAGCUACUCUCUCAGUCUCCAUCAGAGAAGUCACACCUCCAUGUUUGGAGUGUGGGAACAACUUUCUUCGCAGCUCCAGCCUUUGUUCCCGCCACAAAAUCCGUACAGCGGAGAACCGAUAUAGAUGCUUGGAAUGCGGAAAUAGCUUCAAGAAAAGUCUCGCUUUCCCAUCAAAUACUUCCCGGAACAGAGAAACCGUAGAAAUGGUAGCAGAGACCUUACGAAGAAGCAGAAACUUCAGUAAUCAAAGGAUACACAGUUCAGGGUUGAGAUUAUAUUAAAGCGUUGGAGUGCGGGAAAAGCUUGGAUAAGAAUUCUCAAAGGGUAGGAUCCAUAUAAAGGCCAGAAAAAUUGAAAUCCUUCCACCGCAUUCAUCUUCCCAACUCCCCCUCAACCACCAGAAAAUUCAUAUAGCUAUGAGAUUAACUGUCGGUGCUUUGAAGCUGUAAAGAGCUUCAGAACGUUUCAGCCUUACCUGGCGUUAAAGAAUUCUCGCAGGGAGGAAACCAUAUAAACGCAUGUGAAAACGAGGACUUUGAUUUGCAAGAUGUCGGUGACUAAACGGGAUCCAAGAAGCUAAAACAACCCACCUGGAAAGUUUUAUUUUAAAUACAUGCAGCAGAAGAACAAUAGGUGUAGUUUUGUUUAUGAACCAUGGAAGUAUAGAAAGGGAGAGCAACUGCAAACUAUAUAUAAUUGAAUUUUGGGGAAGGGAAAGAUAAAAGGAGCUGUGAGUAACAUAAAAUACGAUGAAUAAAAAGGGAAAGCGAAGACUGAAAUAAAGUGUAUUAAGAUAACCUGGUGAAGCGGCUAUUACAUGUAAAAUUUAAAUUGUCUGUGACUUCAUGGGGGUCACCUAAACUCCCAAUGGCCCUCUCUUUAAAACUUACCUAACUGCCCUAGCUACAUACCCUCUUAGUUUAAAAGAAGAAUAUUGCUAGCAAUCUAGAAUGCAAUUCCGUGGGGAAAGGAUCUGGCGGUUUUAGAUGCUGAUAGUAGAUAUAGAAAUAGAAUAAGGAAACUGUAUAUAAUCAAAAGGUUUGUGAACUGAAUCCCCCGCCUCAGAGGCCAUCUUGUGGACAGGGGACAGUCUGGUCUUAUUUUUCCUGGUGGAGUUUGGAGAGGUCGGCGUGCGAAUAUCCCAGCAUCUCCCCAAAGAUCAAAUGGGGGAGCAAAAUCUGUGGGAAUGUGAAUUUUGGGAGGCCUCUCCACCUUAUGCUUAGGCUGCAUAUAUAUGUAAAUAAAACCGUAUAUCCAAAACACAGCACUGUCCCCAAGUAGUCUUAAUGCUCUUACACAUUUUAAAAAUGUCUUAAAUAAUCCUUUUCUAAUGUAGACAAAGAACCAGAUGUCUUCCCCCCCUUAAUCUUUGGUGUUUCCUAUAGCAUGGGUAGGCAAACUAAGGCCGAGGGACUGGAUCCGGCCCAAUCGCCUUCUAAAUCCGGCCUACAGACGGUCCUGGAAUCAGCGUGUUUUUCCAUGAGUAAAAUGUGUCCUUUUAUUUAAAAUGCAUCUCUGGGUUAUUUGUGGGGCCUGCCUGGUGUUUUUACAUGAGUAGAAGGUGUGCUUUUAUUUAAAAUGCAUCUCUGGGUUAUUUGUGGGGUAGAGGAAUUCGUUCAUUAUUAUUUUUCAAAAUAUAAUCCGGCCCCCCACAAGGUCUGAGGGACAGUGGACCGGCCCCCUGCUGAAAAAGUUUGCUGACCCCUGCUUAUAGCUUUGCUCUCCUCCCUCCCUCUUUUUUCUCCUUUCCCUCUUUUCUCUCUUAUAUUCCCGAUUCUGCUUGUUCUAGAUAUUAUUUUAUUGUAUUGUGAAAACUUUAAUAAAAAUCCAUUUUAGAAACUUAA